AUGCAAGAACUUUUAACUGAAGUGACUUAUCCGUGGCAUAACUUCAAAUUUGACUAUUGGCGUUGGCUCUGUCACACCAAACAUGCGCGACAUACUCGCUCCAGCGUCAGCAUCCAGUUUCUUGAAUGUCCGGCGAAAUGUCCCGAUGGUCUUCUCAAAUUCCACCUGAAGAUCCUCACUGUAAUGGCGUCAGAUCUUGAAAUAAGCUGCCCCUCUCCUGGAUCUAAAUCAAAAUUUUAUCUUUCUAUCUCGCGUUCAAAUACGUCUCUCCUUCUCCUUCGGCUUUUGUGA